UUUGCAUAUGAAGCUUGAACGCACUGUAGCUAGGAGGGAGUGGAAUUACGACAUCAAGACGUUGAAAAGAUGAAAAGAACGAUCUUUUUUCUAGUUUUAGCAGCAGUGAUUGUUAUUUUGUUGAUUCAAGAGGGAAAUGCUGGUAAUUAUUGUAGUGGUAAAGGCAAUGGCAACUAUCCAGACCCUGACAACUGCAACGGGUACAUCASCUGYGUUCAUAGUAGAAUUGUCAAGAUGCCGUGCCCAAAGGGACUGGUAUGGAGCGACAGUGUUAAACGUUGUGAAUGGCCGAGUAAAGCAAAGCCACCAUGCCGUCAAGGUAAUUAUUGUAGUGGUAAAGGCAAUGGCAACUAUCCAGACCCUGACAACUGCAACGGGUACAUCAGCUGCGUUCAUAGUAGAAUUGUCAAGAUGCCGUGCCCAAAGGGACUGGUAUGGAGCGACAGUGUUAAACGUUGUGAAUGGCCGAGUAAAGCAAAGCCACCAUGCCGUCAAGGAUGUCGGGGAAACAAGUUAUCAAAGUUCAGCUGUGGCGUUCUAAGAAGCAAUGGUGAAUGCAAACAUUCUUUCAUUAGAAAGUUGUGUUGUAUGUCAUGUGGUUAGAAGGGCUCAUGGCCAGCAAGACAACAAUCAUCUAAG